GCAUGUGUAAAUUAAAAUACCCAUGUGAUUUUACAUGAAGCAAAUGUAGUAUCUUUUAUAUUCUACAACAAUCUAAAUUAAUGUUGACGAGAUUGUGAGCGAAUCGGUUUCUUUCCUUCAGCGAUGGCGGAUGUUGCGCAACCUCCGUUCUAUGAGGACCAGUUGCUCUGGCGUGUAAACCGUUGCAUGUCCGACGCCCUUAUCAAAUCAAUUUUCUCCAGCGGCAUGACAAUUUUGGCGGCAAAAUUCUUCUAUCCCAAAAUGAAGGCAUCAAGUGCUGCUAUCGCAGGAGCUGGUAUUGGUUUGGGCAUGGCAUACUUAAAUUGCGAAAGAGAAUUGAAGUCUACCAUGUCCACGCAGUGCUUAGAGGAAGAGAAAAAGAAACAACUUAGAAAGCUGAUUUGUGAAGAGGAAAAAAAGAAGUAAAACUAUAAAUAUAAUAUUUAUAUA